UGCACCAAGACUGCGUCCCUUACUGCCACGUGUCUUCGCCUUCAACAGCCAUAACAACACCACAAAACACUUCACUCUCACAUUUUCUGGUUCAAUUCCAUUACAUCUCUCUCUCGCUGCAUUUCAACACGCCAUUUUCCACAUUCUUUCGCCACACAGCAAAUUAAGAAGCCUGUGUAGAGUUUACUCCCUUUGCUAGGUUUCUGGAAAAGAUUUUAGUUGUUUCACUAUGCGUGGACGGCAGCGAGUUGCAUCCAGAGAUUACAUAAUUGGGCAUGGAAAAGAAGAAAAUUCAGCUUCAGUGCGUUUACCGAACGCAAAACCUUGGCGACGAUCUUUGCGGCAUGUUGUAGUGGCUUCUCUAUCUUCAUUCUUAUAUGGCUACCAUAUUGGAGUAGUCAAUGAAACCUUAGAGAGCAUUUCUGAAGAUCUUGACUUUAGUGGGAAUACAAUGGCUGAAGGUCUUGUAGUAAGUACCUGUUUAGGAGGUGCUUUUGUUGGGUCUCUGUUUAGUGGUUGGAUCGCUGAUGGGGUUGGGCGUAAAAGAAGUUUCCAGUUGUGUGCAUUGCCUAUGAUAAUUGGAGCAGGAAUGAGUGCAACAGCAAAUAGCCUGUGGGGCAUGCUUUUGGGAAGGUUAUUUGUUGGUACCGGAAUGGGACUUGGCCCACCUGUUGCUGCUCUUUAUGUGGCUGAGGUAUCACCUCCAGCUGUGCGGGGUACUUUUGGGGCUUUAACUCAGAUUGCAACAUGUCUUGGACUUAUGGGUUCUUUCUUUAUAGGAAUCCCAGCCAAGGAAAUAGUGGGUUGGUGGCGGAUUUGUUUCUGGGUAUCCAUCAUUCCUGCUGGAGUGCUUGCCAUUUGCAUGGAGAUCAGUGCAGAGAGUCCACACUGGCUCUUCAAGAGAGGAAGAACCAUUGAAGCUGAGGCUGAAUUUGAGAAGCUCUUGGGAGGAGUAAAUGUGAAAUCUGCAAUGGCUGACCUGUCAAAGUCUGAUAGAGGUGAUGAGUCUAGUUCUGUAAAACUAUCAGAAUUACUCUGUGGCUGCCAUGCUAGAGUGAUGUUCAUUGGUUCUGUGCUUUUUGCUUUACAGCAGCUAUCUGGCAUAAAUGCUGUGUUCUAUUUCUCCUCGACCGUCUUUGAAAGCUUUGGUGUACCAUCUGAUCUUGCAAAUACGAGCGUGGGAGUUUGCAAUUUAUUGGGAUCAAUUGUAGCAAUGAUUCUGAUGGAUAAACUUGGAAGAAAAGUGCUUCUCAUGGGUAGCUUUUUCGGCAUGGCAGUAGCAAUGGGUCUACAAGUUCUUGCUGCAAGUUCAUUUGCAGCAGGAUCUGGAGCAAUGUAUCUAUCCGUUGGUGGCAUGUUGCUGUUUGUGCUAUCAUUUGCACUUGGGGCUGGUCCGGUUCCUUGUCUCGUUAUGUCUGAAAUGCUACCCGGCAAGAUCAGAGCAAAGGCGAUGGCAAUUUGCUUGGCUGCGCACUGGGUGAUAAACUUCUUUGUGGGUCUACUAUUUUUGCGCUUGCUGGAGCAAAUUGGGGCACAACUCUUGUAUAGUAUUUUUGGUUCAUUCUGUCUGAUAGCAGUGGCUUUUGUGAAGAAGUAUAUUCUUGAAACAAAAGGGAAGUCACUACAGGAAAUUGAGAUAGCACUUCUUGCUCAAGAAGCAUCAUAAAUGCACUAAAAUGUUGACUUCUCUUGUGUUGAGGAAAUUCUCUGCAUGGUGCAUCAAGGGCAUUUUUUUUUUGGCAGGGUUUAUCAUCCCAUGCUGAAGUUAGACCCAUGCAUCAAGUGCUCAACGGAAGGGAUCUGUAAAUUUUAGUUUUUCUUUUUAUGUGGAGACUAGGCUUAAACUGAAUGGUUGCGUGGGACUAAAAUGAAUAUUUUUUUCCAUAAAAAAUAAUUUUUCUUUUUUGUCAGUAUCUAACUAUGAUGAAAAGGGCUAAAUGGGACGAUACCCUUUUUCUCUGUGUUAUGCGUGAAACUCUUUAGGUAAAA